AUGGAUGAAAAUGGGGGUUGGAAUAAAAGGCUUAUUGAGGAAUUCUUUCAUUCGGGUGAUGUUGCUGCAAUCUUAAAAUUUCCUCUACAGAAUUUGGGUAAAUCUGAUUCUUUUAUCUGGCAUUUUGAUUCAAAAGGUACCUUCUCUGUGAAAUCUGCCUAUAAGUUGAUUUGCUUGCAACGAGUGUUAAGAAGGGAUAAUAAGCCAGAGUGUAGUUCAGAAGGUGAAGGAAGGUUUGUGAAUGGCAGAUUGUGGAAGGUGGGUGGAUUGAAGUUCAAGUUGUCUGCUGUGGUGGGUUGUUGCUGUAAGUAA